UGGGUGUUACUUACUAUGAUGAGCUUUACAGUAGUAAUAGCUCCACUCGGUUUUCUUUGGAGAGCAGGACGCGCACUGACGGGAUCAUCAUGGCACCGCUGGGACUAAAAGCCAUCGUUGGAGAAAAGAUAAUGAACAACGUCAUCAAGAAGGCAAGAGAAAAAGGAAAAUGGAAGGUUUUGGUGGUGGACAAGCUGAGCAUGAGGAUGGUGUCCUCCUGCUGUAAGAUGACAGACAUCAUGUCAGAGGGAAUCACUAUUGUCGAAGAUAUAACAAAGCGGCGUGAACCUCUGCCCAGCAUGGAGGCCAUCUACCUGAUCACACCCUCAGACGAGUCUGUCGAGGGUGUGAUUGAGGACUUCAGAGACCCUCGGACUCCGAGGUACAAAGCCGCCCACGUCUUCUUCACUGACACAAUCCCAGACUCUUUAUUUGGACUCUUGACCAAAUCCCGCGCUUCUAAAGCAAUGAAGGCCUUGACUGAGAUCCACAUAGCCUUUCUGCCCUAUGAGUCUCAGGUCUUCUCCCUGGAUAAAGUGGAUGCUUUCCAGGACUUCUACAGCCCCUUCAAGGCUGACGUGAAGAAUAACAUGUUGGAGCGUUGUGCUGAACAGAUUGCUACCCUCUGUGCCACGCUGAAAGAGUAUCCAGGAGUUCGAUACAGAGGGGACUACAAAGACUGUGCAGUUCUGGCUCAGAUGCUUCAGGAGAAGUUGGAUGGCUACAAAGCUGAUGACCCCACCUUGGGAGAGGGUCCCGACAAGUCUCGUACCCAGCUGCUCAUUCUGGACCGAGGCUUUGACCCCGUGUCACCUCUCCUGCACGAGCUCACACUGCAAGCCAUGGCCUACGACUUACUGGGUAUCGAGAAUGAUGUUUACAGGUUUGAGACCAGCGGGAUGGGAGAAACCAGGAUGAAGGAGGUAGUGCUGGACGAGGACGACGAUCUGUGGCUGAGUCUGAGACAUAAACACAUUGCUGAGGUGUCAACAGCUGUGACUCGUUCACUCAAGGAAUUCUCUGCCAGCAAAAAGAUGAACACUGGAGAAAAGACCACCAUGAAGGAACUCUCGCAGAUGCUGAAGAAAAUGCCUCAGUAUCAGAAAGAGCUCAGCAAGUAUUCAACCCACCUGCACCUGGCUGAGGACUGUAUGAACCGCUACCAGGGCACCGUGGACAAACUUUGCCGUGUGGAACAGGAUCUCGCAAUGGGAACAGAUGCAGAAGGUGAGAAGAUCAAGGAUCCCAUGAGGCUCAUUGUCCCCAUUCUGCUGGAUGCCAAUGUCAGUGUGUCCGACAAGAUCCGCAUCAUCCUGCUCUACAUCUUCCUUAAGAAUGGUGUGACUGAGGAGAACCUGUGUAAGCUCCUUCAGCAUGCUAACAUCCCACCAGAGGACAGUGACAUCAUUUCCAACAUGGCCCACAUGGGUGUUCCCAUUAUCUCUGAGGGCACCACCAAGAAAACCAAGAAACCUGAUCGCAAGGAACGGAUUAGUGAGCAAACCUACCAGCUCUCCAGGUGGACCCCUUUUGUCAAGGAUCUCAUGGAGGAUGCAAUUGAAGACAAACUUGAUCCCAAGCAAUACCCGUAUAUUUCCCAGCGACAAGCAUCUGCCAAAGCCAGUGCUCCAUCAAGUGCUCGCUAUGGUAACUGGCACAAGAACAGGGGCCCCACAGAGGUGAAGACAGGGCCCCGGAUAAUCGUCUUCAUCAUUGGAGGCAUGACAUACAGUGAGAUGCGCUGCGUGUAUGAGGUCACCCAGGCCAAUGGCAAGUGGGAGGCUUUGAUUGGUGCCACCCACAUCCUCACCCCGCCAAAAUAUUUAAAGGAACUACAGCACCCAGACUUCUUGGACCCCAACACCCCACCAGAGGGCGCCGAGGAGCCUCCUGUACAAUAAAAGAACAUCUGGAAGGUCAACUGAAACCUUUACCCCUUCUCACCUUGUAAAAACCCUCAAAGACUUGGAGAAAGAAGAACAGAGCACUGCCUGUAGUACUCCUUCAUAAAGCAGCAAUAGCAAACUCUUACUCUAGAUUCCCCACCCACUCACACGUCAGAGCCAAACUUUGUGUUGUAUACAAAUCAGUUGUUAAAACUCCAAACAUGGAAACUGCUAAUCAUGACUUACUGGGAAAGCUGGAGUCUUUGUUGUUGUUAACGCUGUAUUGUGUGAUUAUAUUUAUUCAUCUAAAAAAUAACAACUGUAUGAGAUUCAGCAUUAUUUUUUAUUUGCUUCACAGUUAUAAUGGAGCAAAAUCUGUGCCAUACUCACACAACAGAGUAUGGCACUUCUCAUCUAAAGUAGUGCUUUUCAUGUAGUGGUUACCAUGGCAUAUUGUAAAAAUCAUUAGCUUUAUAAUAAUGUCUGACCUGGAAGCCUCCAACAUAAAUGUAGCUGUAGCUCCAUCAUUUACUAGAUAAGUAGAUGUGAUAGUGAUUGUUUGUUGUACACUGAGUAUCAUUUUUCCUUUUAUUUGACCAUAAUACUUGGUUUUUUAUUUUAUAGUGGUUCUGUAUGACUAGUUAUCAACUGUUGUUUGAAAAGAGAUCGCAGUGUUAUCACACAUUUGUACUUUUUGUCCUUAUCAAUAAACAGUACUUGCUACAGGUUGUGUGUUCAACUAAUAAAGUGACUUCCAUUAAU